AUGUGUGUCAAGCGCAUGAUCGGCAAGAACGAUGAGCGCCGCAAGACCGAGGUCCAGAAGAAGCAAGAGUUGGAGUUGCAAAAGAAGAAGGAGGCCGCCGUCCGAGAGAUCCCCCAGAUGCCUUCGUCCAUGUUCUUCCAGCACAACGAGGCCCUUGUGCCUCCCUACAACGUCCUCGUCGAUACCAACUUCCUCUCCCGAACCGUCGGCGCCAAGCUCCCCCUCAUGGAGUCCGCCAUGGACUGCCUCUUUGCUUCGGUCAACAUCAUCAUCACAUCAUGCGUCAUGGCCGAGUUGGAGAAGCUCGGUCCCAAGUACCGCGUUGCCCUGAUGAUUGCCCGUGACGAGCGGUGGACCCGUCUCACUUGCGACCACAAGGGAACGUACGCCGAUGACUGCAUUGUCGAGCGUAUCCAGAAGCACAGGAUAUACAUCGUUGCUACCAACGAUAGAGACUUGAAGAGGAGAAUCCGCAAGGUCCCUGGUGUGCCCAUCAUGUCUUGCGGCAAGGGCAAGUACGCCAUCGAGAGACUCCCUGGUGCUCCUGCCUCGUAA